CGUGGGUGUUAAUGAAAACAAAUUAUUUAUAAAUGGAUUUUGUGAACAAAGUUACAAAAUUAAUUUGAUUUAAUAGUAUAAUUCCAUUUAUAUAAAAUCGAGUGUGAGUUAAUUACCUUUAUAGGCUUAAAAAGUUUAUAAUUUUAUUAAAAGAAAAAUGUUUAUGCUUUUAAAAUCCAGUAUUCAGUAGAAUGUGUGACAUAGGAGAUACUCCAUAUCUCAUUUUCAGGAAAUACGAGUAUGCAUGUAUCACUUAUGCGAAGCAUAAUUACUCUUCCGACCAUAUUUGUAAUAUUUUGAGUAUAUAUAUAAAUAAACAUUGAUAUAUAUUUCACAUGGCGACAUAUAUUAACUAAUCAUAAUAGUAUUAUAGAUACAGAUUUUAAAAGUUGGGGUUUUAAAAAAAUCGGUUUUACUACGUACUAUGGUAAAAACUCUCAACAAAUUUGUUUGUAAUUUUCAAAGAAGACCAGAUUAUUUUCAAAAUAUCUAAUUUUUCAAAAAAAUAAUAAAAUAAAACGUUUCAACCUGGAUGUUAUAUAUCAAACAAGUAACGAACACAUCUGACAUGCAACCCAAAACCAUCAUUCACAAAAAUAUGAAGGUCAUGUAUUUUGAUUUAUGCAUAAUACUUAAAUAGAGUUCAAAGUAUAUCAAUCAAUAUUGCUAGCUAGCUAGUUGGAGGUUCCGGUUCAUCCACCACCAAGCAGAUGAUCAGAUUAAGAUGAGACAGAAAAUUGGAAAUCCAAAGAGUUCAAAAUGCAAUUAUUUACAAAGACUCUUCUAUCGGGACCGUGGUCGCCCAUCUUCGGUUUGCCGCCUGCCCAAGAUCAGAACGAGCUUGCCACCAGACCAACUACAUAAACAACCCUGGGGUCAAUUGAGUAAUCCGGACUUAGACACGAUCGAAGAAUAAGGCUGGAUGAUUGAGGGCGAAGGAUUGUAGGUAGAUUGAACUUGGCGAUGGAAUGUAGAAGAAGAGAGGCGGAGAGCAUCCUAUUAACCGAUGUCUCUCCGCAUGUUAAAUACCAUGAGCGUACGAAAAAUGGUGACUCUCCAGAUAAAGCGUUUAAAUACCAUGAGUUAGGGUUUGGCAUUCGGGUAUUUAAUUUAAUUUAAUGUAAUACGACGUAUAAAUACGAUAUUUGGGUUGUGGGUUGGGAGAUUAAAAAUUGAUUGUUGGGCAGGGUUUAUCCAAAUUCGGAUGGGCUGAGCAGCCUAAAGUUAUAUUGUGCAGGUUUUUUAAAAGUGUUAAAAUGAUCCCAAAAAUAUUUGAAAAAUAUAUCAAUUACAUUCUUAAAAAAUAUUUACAUUGGAACAAUAUUUAUACUAUCGUAUUUUUUUGUAUUACAUUAAUAAAUUAGACUUAUACAAUAUUGUUUUGAGAUAUCGGCACAAUAAUGUCAUGUUUUCAAGACAUGUUUUAUUUAUCAAACUCAAGUACAAUAACUUUGGUCAAUGUGCAUCCAGUAAUUGAUAAUCAUUCAAAAACUAAGAAUUAAAAAAAAAGAAUUGAAGUGAAGGACAUUGAUAAUCAUUCAAAAACUAAGAAUUAAAAAAAAGAAUUGAAGUGAAGGUGAUAGAGUAAAUCUAGAGAGAAGUGAGAGCUAGAGAGAGAAGUAGUAUAGAUGUUCUGUAUUAAUGAAUUUAUCAACCCCUACAACUACUCCCAGAGGGAGUAUUUAUAGAGAAAAUUAGGACUGGGCUCCCAAUCUUGGGCUUGGGAGGCCCAUUUACAAUAGGGCCACUAAUGGGCCGGAUACAAAGUACAUAGAAAAGAUUAAGUGUAAGACCUUAUUCAGGAGGCCAUCUGUGGCCGAUGAGGGCACGGCCGACGAGGGCGUGGCCGACGAAGACCCGGCCGACGAGGUCACCCGGCUCUUCCUGGCUUCUGGAUCCCAUUCUGAGUAGACUUCUUUCUGGCCGAUGAGGGUCAUCUGGCCGACGAGGGUCCCACCAGGUGGUCGUGGUACAUUCCGUUCUCUUGAGUAUGUGGGCAUUGGGGUCCUGGCCCAUAUACUCCAUCAGGAGUCCCCCACUCUCCAAGCUGAGAUGUAGACGAAGUGAGGGAGAGUAGAUUUCCUGUCUUUGACGUUUUCUGGCCGUCGUGGGGCCACUUAUGGGGUUUUCCCUGUUUUGGCCGUCAUUAGCAUCCCUUGCUCUGGUUUUUUGUUCACGUUGUUACGGGCACUCCGCGUUCUGGCCGUUGUGCGGUCUCUGUUGUGGACGAAGAGGGCCCUAGUAGUGCGGAUGACGCAGGUUUCCGAUUUCAAGGAUGACAAGUGCCUUUACCUGGUGGAGAUGAUGAGCGUUCUCUUGCGCGAGUGGCCGAUAAAGACGAUGUUUCUCUAUUCCUGGCCGUUGAUGAUUGAACUUUGUACCCAUGGCCGGGGAGGCUAUUGUGGUCUAUUCCUGGCCGAUGAGUGUCCUUCUUCCUCCGGAUAGCCGGUGUGGGUGCUAUUUGCUUCAUUUGGCCGCUGUGGCUCUCAUUCGGUACCUUUGGCUGAGGAGUGAUGGUAUUUGCACCUUGGUGUCCAUGUUUUGAGGACGAUGAGUUCCCGUUUUAAUUUCCGGCCAAGAGUGUGGUAUGCGGUCUCAAAGCCGUUGAGUGCACUGUUAUCUUGGGGGUUGCAUCUUUGGAGGGAAUUCUUUCUACUUACUUCGCUGCGGCCGAUGGUGCAUGAUAAGGUUAUAAACGUUGUGGUGCAUAUAUGAUAUGAUGUUGUAGUUGCGGACUUAGUUUAUUUUUAGAUUUGUUUGAUUUUGUCCUGGUUUGCAAAGGCCGGUGUAGUCCCCCAGUCCCCCACUACUUCAGGCCGAAGAGUGUGCGAGGGGUGAAGGAGUAGAUGAUAACCCUAGGCCGAAGCGGGUUCCUUGUAUUCCCCUGAGUCCUAUUCCUUGGCGAUUUCCUGACCAAGGUAACCCUGUGGGAGAACCCUUGGACGCAGGUCGCUUUCAAGAAAUUAUCAUCGGGGUUCUAUACAAGGCCGAUGGCUGUGGGGUUGCUUUUGCUUUGCUUUUAUGGCCGUCGCAGAGGCCGUGCUAUUGGUAUUCUGCUUUGGGCCGAUAUGGGUACAGUUUGUGGUGACCUGGUAUUUUGAAAUUAUGGUUGGCCGUUGUGGCCGAUGUAGGUGUUAGAUGUCAGGCAUCCGUUGAAGUGAGAUUGAUUUUCCUUGGUGAAGCCGUUGAGUGUCUUUAGGCCGUGGGUUUAGUGUUAGUCAGUGAACCCUACUUAGAUUCACAACAGAACCUUGUAGGGAUUUAGUAGUUGUUGCGAUGAAAUCUUUGAACGAGGAGUAUUACCCUUAUGACGACGAGGUCUCCGCAAAGUCCCUUGAUUAUGGGUUGGUCGAAGAGUUCUACGAGGAGAUCGAAGAUCUGAGCUCCUUCGAAUCUGGGGGGCAGGAGGACGAGGAGGGCAAGGACGAGGAGGCCGCAUCGUCAUCUGAAGGCGAGGACAUCGGGAUCUCCCAUGCUGUGGACGGAGCGUCUACCUCGGCCACCAUUCCAUGCCCGGAGCCGGUGUCAGUUGUGAAAGGGAAGGCACCGGUUAGGAGGACGCGUCGGCCGAAGAAUGGCCCCGGCUUCUCCUACUUAGACCUCACCAAUAUCUACAUCAUCAGGCUGCAAAGUAACGCGGGUGAGUACUUGGUCGCUCAGAUGUAUGUGGGGCCGUUUGGGAGGGUUAGGGCGCCUAGGCCGACGGACCACGUACUCAACCCUCCGGCGGGGUAUUUUGGGGUCUACCCGAUGAGCUUCACGAAAGGACUGCAGUUCCCGCUUCAUCCUUUUAUUACGGAGUAUCUGGACAUGGUGGGUCUUCCUCCAGCUCUGAUGACGCCGAACAGCUACUCCUUGAUCGUCGGCUUCCUCCUCCGUUGUGCUGAGUUGGACUUUAGGCCGACGACGGCGCUAUUUAUGAGCCUGUACGAAAUAGGUCGAGGAAGCCACAAGAACUGUUCUUGCUAUGCCACCCUCCAACAGAUCCAUAAAAGGAGAUCCUUCACUUAUCUUCCUUCGUCCAUUCAUGGCUGGAAGAAUAAAUUUGUCUUCGUGUCACUUGGAAAAGGAGGCACCGAAUUUCCUUCUGCCGGCCAUAGUGGGAGGUUCAACCUACAUGCUCUGCCGAAGAGCUCAAUCUUGGACGCACAGGUGGCGGCGUUUUUGAAGGGAGGGCCGAGGAGCGUGAAAACGUACAUCACGGAGUACAAGAUGGCCGCCCUCGGCUUCAUGAGGUAUUUUGUAUACGCUGAUAAGAAAGAUGAUGUAGAGCUGUGGCCGAAGAUGACCACGACUUAUGAGGAGGCCGAUGGUCCUGAUCUGGGGGUGCCAGCUGAGGCCGAUGGUUUUGUUAUGGAUCGCAUGUCCUUUAUGAAGAGGGCGCAGCUAAAGGCAUCCGAAGAGCUGAAAACUCAGCAGGCCGUUAAGUCGGCAGCCGAUGUGGGACAGCCCGCUACUGCCCCUGCGACGAAGCCCCCCGUCCAGAAGAAGAAGAAACGGUCGGCAGAUGAGGGCCAGGAGAAGCUCACAGAGGCAGACUUGAAGCCUACCAAGAAGUCGAAUAGGGCUUCUCCUGCUGGUGAUGAUGCCGGGGCAUUGACUGUUCCUUCUGGGGGCGAAGGUGGCUCUAACGCUGACGCGUUGGUGGAUCUCACUUCGGGCCCUUCGUCCACCACUGUCUCCAACCUUCCCCUUUCCGCCGCAGCCCCCUGGAAGAAAGGGUCCGGCCGAGAGUUGGCCAAGGGGACCUAUAAGCUUGAAGUUGAAUACCCCGUUAAGGGCGGUUUGUUCAACGAGAUUGUUGAUGGUCAUGAGGUGAUAUCCCAGGCCAUCCCCGACGAGGACCGGGCUUAUCUGAAAAAGCUUGGUAAUGUCAAAAUCUACGACGGUGGGAUGGACCACAUCGUCCAAGGUGCCUUUAUGUUGAUGGAGAACAACAGAAGGCAACAAAGGGAGAUUGCUCGACUGAAGUAGAUCGAGGAGAAGGUGGCUUCGGUCGAUGAGGCUCUGGGCAGUUUGGAGAGGCUGCGGCUCGAGGUGGAGGGCCUGAAGAAAAGGGCGGAUGAGGCUGAUUUGCUGGCCGUUGAGAAAGAUGGGGCCCUUUAACGUUUGGCUGAUGCGGAGCGAGCUCGUGAUGAAGCCCUUCGUCGCGCCGAGGAGGCCGAGAAGGGUAAGGCCGAGGCAGAGUCGGCCCUGAGUGCUGCUGAAGAGAGGGCCGCUGAAGCCGCUGUGCAAAAGUUCCUUGAGGUUGGCUGGAAAGGCGAGGAUCGGCUUCCUUGGUGUUUUGACGUCGUGGCGGCGAAGCUCCUCGACUGGGUCAAACAUUUGCCCUGACGGCCAAGCAUACUGGGAGAAGGAGAUGAAGGUCUUCUACGACCUUGGUCAGUACAGGAUGCAGCGGUUGCUUUAUCAGAGGCUUCAACGUCGAUUCCUGGAUCUGGGUGUUACCAAGGAGUGGGCCGUCGGCCUGGACUUGCCUCCGAUGAUGAGGCAUCCUGAGGCCGAAUUAGAGCUCCCUGUCGCGGAAAGGCAACUCCCCAUCGAUAGCUCACAGGGCAGUGAUGAUUGGACUUACGAGCCGAGUAUUUUUGAGGACACUGCUACGUCCGGUGGUGUUGCCGAUGGGACAACUACUCAAACCGAGGAAAAGGCCGGCGUUGAAGGAAACUCAGAGGCCCCGCGGGAGUCAUGAUCUGUCACUAUGUUUGCUUAAUUAUUUAAAAUGUAACGGCCAUGAAGCCCCCCUUUGUACCCUGCCUUUGCGAAUGAAAA